AGUGUGUUCUUGCUUUACGUUUGAUCUUCUAGAGUUUUUAUAACCCUUGACAUAAGCACCAUAACGCAAUCAUAAGCACAACGCCUUCCAUCUCUACACGACUUCGAAGUUGAGUACGAAGGUGCCAUGUACUGCGCUAAUCUCCAAAAACACGGGGCCUUGCAGCUCAAAGUUGCAGCCAUGUUUGGGAGUGCAGAUGCUAAGCGCCGACACCCAUGUCCCUACCGGCCGCAUCAACCACCCGUACCAUAUCAUCUCAGUAUAUACGCGCACUCCGCUGCCGACGAGCCGCCAACACCAAACAAUGUGGACACCAAGGCGCCCCAUUCUUAGAAUUGAGGUCCAGGCCAGCAUUUAUAGGCACCUACUCCUCGCGUCGCUACAUCAUGCAAUCCUCUGGGAAGUGAUCGUUGUGCAAACUCAUUCUUUUCGUUUGUCUGGUCUUGAGUUUUGAUAACAUGGUCUGCAUCAUCUGCCAAAACAUGCUGGGCCGACAAGCUGGUAGGUUCGCCCAAGGAACGCUGGAUAACCGAUACGAACAUCACACAAAUGCAAAGACUUUUCAACAGGCUGUGCGGCAAAACUGUUACAUCUGUCGAGCUUUGUACGUCAACCUGUUGGAUGAAUUGGAGUACUAUGCUGAACAGCCGCGCCGAGACUCUGUCACGUCAAGUUCGCAUGCUUCAGCGGAGGAACAGAUCCUUUCAGACCUGAACCAGUCCUACCUGAGUAGCAAGGCCUUCCUCUUCCUACAAAAGUUCGAUCAUACUUACCGCCUUGAGAUUGAGCUAAGGCACGGGCAAGCUGAGAUCCAGCAUACCUUCUAUCUGGAAUGUCAACAAGGACCCCCUCCUUGUCCUGACCAACGAUCUGUCCAUGUCAGGUAUCGAACGCUGGAAGACCCUAGUUUCUCAUCACAUCCUCCGCCAAAGUUAACCCGCCACCGAGACUACGAGGUAGCGCAUCGGUGGAUAAAGGAGUGCAAAUGUUAUGCCUCUAGAUCAAGCUCGUUCUAUCCGACAAGGCUUUUAAGCCUCAAGAACGUAAAAGCCUCAAUGGCAAUCCAUGGUAACUCUACCUCACGGUGCCGCAACUCCCAAGUCUGUGUCAAUCUUGUUGAGACAGCAGCCUGGCUCCGACCGAAUGCCAGAGAACCGGACUACAAAGGAAGCAACGAGCGUUAUGUGACUUUGUCGCACUGUUGGGGAGGCUUGGUUAGUCACCGCUUGCUCAGGAGCAACUACGAUGACUUCGUUCGCGGCAUACCAGUUGCCGAUCUGCCAAAGACAUUUCAAGAUGCCAUCUACUUUGCUUCUACUCUUGAGAUUGUUGAUUAUAUCUGGAUCGACUCGCUCUGUAUCAUCCAAUUAGAUAAAGCUGACUGGUUGAAAGAAGCUGAAGUUAUGGGCCGCGUGUACAGCGAGACUUUCCUGAAUCUGUCUGCCACAGCCGCAUUGAACAGCACUGUUGGACUUUUCAAAGACGGAGACUUUGAGCUGCUGGAAGAAGACAAGGUUGUACUGGACAUCGAAGGUCUACCCAUGGCGUAUGACAGGAAGACCGUCCCGAAGAAUCCUGAUGAGAGGGAGCGCUUUUUUCUGCGAUCAUGUACAAUCAUCGACACUUCGUUUUGGGAGAAAAAAGUGGACAAAGGGCCAGUCAACACACGUGGCUGGGUGCUGCAAGAAAGACUGAUGUCUUCGCGGGUGUUGCACUUCUGCAGGGACCAGGUCGGGUGGGAGUGCGCUUGUCGCGAUGGUGAUGGGGACUCUGCUAUCUGUACUGCGCAGAUAUCAAAUACUGUUCGCGAGUACUCUGCUCAUCACAGAAUCGUGGAGGGUAUUCGCCAGAGACUAUUGAGGGCGAACAACGCGUCCUACUCACCUUUCGCUCUUUGGGCGGCUGUGGUGAAGGUGUACACAAAGACAGCCAUUACAAACCCGGAUGACAAGCUUAUCGCUAUGUCUGGACUGGCCGAAAUCAUUUCUGAAGAGGUGGGCUGUACAUACGUUGCUGGCUUAUGGCGGAAGAACCUCGCUAGCCAACUUUUGUGGCAUGUUGAGCCUGUGUUUCGCUCGAGCGACCGUACCUUUUCGCAUCCAGCAACCUCUAUAACUGGAUGUGCCCCAUCGUUCUCUUGGGCGGCUAUAGAUGUCACCGGGCAUGGCAUUACAUACGCGAAUUCGACUAAACGCAGAGUGUUUGUGCGAAUCGAGGAUUGUGUCGUGGAGCCCCUUACAAGCAACAAAUUUGGUCUCGUCUCAAAAGCUCGAAUCAUCCUUUGGGGAAAAUUGCGUCGAGCACGUUUGAUAUCCAGGCCUAAUAAUUGCUUUGGGUGGCACCUGGUAGAUCGCGAUGACCUCGACAACGAAUGCCACACGAACGUAUAUUUGGACUGCCCUACCCGCGACGAUGAUUGUAUCGACAACGAUGAUGCACAUAUAUACAUCCUACCUGUCGCUAAAGAUGUUACCUCUGCUGGAACAUCGAGGAACGAGCAUCUGGUCUGUCUGCUGCUGCGUCCUGAGCUCGAAAGAGGAACUUUCAAACGUAUCGGGAUGACCAAAUUGAGUCCGUUCGCAGAUCGGCGAGCAAUGCAGAAGUCUGGGAUACGCGACAGCCCUGAGUAUGAGAUAAUGAGACACAGCAUGAGUGAUGCAAGUCUACCUCAUGAUGGAAACUACGAUGAGGUGACCGGAUUACAUAGAAUAAGUCUCAUUUGAGGAGCGCAAUAGAGCUUGCCGAACCUCGUAUGCAUACAAGGCUAG